UAAUUGUAAAUAAAUAUAUGUCAAAACUUAGAAACCUAACCUAAAACUAAAUUUAAUAUCAAAUUAAUAUAAUUUUAAUAUCAUUUUUCGUUUUAUAUUAAGCACAAUACGUGUUUAUAUGAAAAUUUUCUAAAAGGAUGUCUUUAUCAAUUGAACAGUGUUCACAACUAUUAAGUAUUUUAGACCAAAACACGGUGAAAAAUCAAACGUUUGAAAACGUGAUAAGUGAUGUAUUACGGAAAUUUGAUAAUUCGGACUAUUUUAAAGUUGCGUGCUGCUUAGUAAUGUUGCUUCAGCAAGAUAUAUUAUCUGAAUCGGAACAAAGACUUGCUGCAAUUGCAAUAAUAAGAGAAUUAUAUAAAGCUGAGCCUAUAGUAAAUACAGCUUUUGCAAAUGUGUUUAUUCAUUUACUGCAACCACCCGAACAACAAACUAACAUAGGUAGUCCUAAACUUGAAUAUCCUGGACAAUUACCCAGGUUAAAUUCCGCAGAGAAACACUUUGUUUUAACACUAAUGACUGAUAAUGCUAAAGAAUCAUUAUUAAAAAAAACAUUCUCACAAAUUUUACAUUUAGAUUUAAACAAUUCAUUUAAUAUUGAUAUAUCCGCUAUGCAACUGACAGUAGCUGAAAAACAAAUUGAAUUUCCACAAUAUUCAAAAUCAGGAAUGCCUGUUAUCCUUUUAUUCCCCGGUGCAGAAGAGAAUUAUUAUGAAAUUGAAGCAGACAAGAAGGAUGAUUGCGUUCAAAAAUUAACUGUAGGCGAUAAUGCACCUUUAAACAGAGUUUAUAAACCAGAAUUUGUUACUUUAGCUCCACCAUUAUUAAAUUGCCAAGAUGAAAUGGUUUGGUUAAAUAUAAGGAAUCCUAAGGAGCAUACAAUUGCCUAUGAUACAACGAUGUGUGUACCUAAUAUAGCAGGACAAGAAAUUCGGCAAUUAAUGAAUAAAGCAUAUAAAUCAGCUUUAACCAUUCAACAACAGCAACAAUUAUUAACGGAAUUACAAAAUGAUUCGAAAUUGGUGUAUCAUAUAGGAUUAACACCAUCAAAGUUGCCAGAUUUGGUGGAAAAUAAUCCUAUUAUUGCAAUAGAUGUUUUAUUAAAAUUAAUGCAAAGUAAACAAAUAACAGAAUAUUUUAGCGUUUUGGUUAACAUGGAAAUGUCGCUUCAUUCGAUGGAAGUUGUUAAUAGAUUGACGACAACGGUUGAUUUACCAACCGAAUUUGUACACUUAUAUAUUUCAAAUUGUAUAACGACAUGUGAAACGAUUAAAGAUCGUUAUAUGCAAAAUCGCUUGGUUAGAUUGGUUUGCGUGUUUUUACAGUCAUUAAUUAGAAAUAAAAUAAUAAAUGUACAAGAACUUUUUAUAGAAGUACAAGCUUUCUGUAUUGAAUUUAGUAGAAUACGAGAAGCAGCAGCUUUAUUUCGUUUAUUAAAGCAAUUGGAAUCUGGAGAUGUAGGUCUAUUAUCGUCACCAACAAAUAAAACAAAAUUGGAAAGCUAAUAAAAACACAUUCAUUUAAAAUAUAUAAUUGGUGUUUUAUGUUUUGUACAUGAUGUUACAUUUUGGCAAUGCAAGUUUUAAAUCGUGAACAAGUCCAUGAGUAUUUUUAACAUAUUG